AUGACUUUAUUUUUUCACAAAAUACUAGAUAAAAAGUAAGAGAAACUAUUCACUCAAAUAUAAAAUCAGUAAACAAUCAAAAUUUAACACAAUUAAAAAGUCUUGAUUUUAUUAUUGCUACUUAUAUUUGCUAUUUAAAAAGGUCUGGAAAAUAAUUGGUCAUCUUUUGCAUUUAAUGCUUUUGGAUUUAUUUUUAUCAUAGUUUCUUAUAAAUAUGUGAACAAAACAUCAAUAUAUUAUAAAUACUUAUUACUUGUAAUUGUUGAACUUUUUAACUUUUUUUACCCUUUCAAUCGACUGAUGAAAAUUCCUCCAAAUUAAGAUACUUACUUAGAUGGCUACUUUAUAUGCUUAGGAACUCUUGCGUAAAAUUUUAACUCAAACUUAGAAUAAUAAAUUCAUUCGAUAUUAAAACUCGAUAUUUGAUGUUAAUACCAAUAUUUGGUUUUAAUUUAGCAGUUGACCCUCAUGAAUCCAAUUUGCUUUGGUCUCAAUUUUUUAAAUUUUCUAUAAUGAUUCUACUAGAUGUUUAGUUUAAAUUUCAAUAAGAGAUUAUAAGAAGAAUAUAAUUUUAAAAAUUAACUUGUAAUGCCAUAGUUUAGAGCUUUAUUGAAAAAGAAUAAAUGGUGGAAACAUUUCAAGUUCAAUAUUGUGAUGAUUUAAAAUAGAUAUAACUGAUUAAUUAACAAAUUAAAUAAAGAGUUAAUGAAUUUUUAUAAUUAGAUUUCAAACAAAGAAUAAGAAAUAUUAUAAUUCGACCAAAAUCAAAACGAUCAGAAAAUUUGAUAGACGAUAAUAAAAGGAAUUUUUAAGGAAAGUUGUCUUUAGAACUGUUUUUAUUUUAUUUUCUAAAUAAGUCUUAAAAGGUGAAUGAUUUGAGGUUGAUUUAAUUCUUGAAGAAGCAUUAGCAAAAAGCUGAAUUAGAUGGAAUGAUUGAUGAAAAAUUAAAUGUAAUUCAUUUGAAUAAUGUUAGCAAAUUGUUGUUUACAAGCUGCAUCAUCAUACCCACCCAUAAGCUUUAAUUAUAAUCAAAUAAUUAUAAGCAAAAACCUAAAUAGAAUAAUUAAAGUUAAAAAAUGAAAACUAAAAUCUCAUAAUAAAAUAUUUGUUUAAUAUUCUCAAUUCCUCAUUAAGAUAAUGCUUGACAGAUGCAUCUUUUAUUAAUAAAAAAUAAAAUUUAUAAAAGUUGUCUAAUUAAGUUUAAAUUAUGUUGUUAAAGCAAUAAAGUUAACUGAUAAAGGUUUGGAAUUAAUUUACAAACAUAAUCGAUUUUGUUUAAUUAUCCUGUAACGUUAACCCUUUAACGUCCUUUAAUAUCAUUCAGUUAAUUAAUUAAGUAAUUUAAAUAAUAAAACAUUUAAACCCUGAAAGCAAGGUUUAAAUAGAACUGAUUAAUAAAUUAAAAUGUCCUCAAAUUUAUUCAAACUCUUGUAAAGUUAGGUAAUUAUUCUUGAAUCUAAUCUGUUAUAUUUUGGAAAAAAAUGCGCAUGACAUAAGAAUAACUUUAUUGGAAGAAUACUCAAAUUUAAAUAAUAUAUUUACUAUAGCAAUAACUUAUAACAGCUAAGUUAAGACCUCCAAGAGUGAACUGCAUCAUUUUCCAAUUAUUAAUCCAUUAAAAUUGAAUGACUAUUACCAUAAUAUAAAGAAUAGUAUGUACCUUGAAAUUCCAAUUAGCAUCUUUAUUGUAAGAUUGUUAGGGCCAAACAAUAAAAUAAUUCUGAGAAAGGAAUUGUAAGAAUGUACUUUACAGUUUUAAUUGUAUAAACUAAUUUAACCUGAUAUGCAAUUAUAAAAAGCAUUAAAUUUAAAAUCGGAAAAUUAGAUUAUAUUUUAAUCAGAAAUUCAACCAAUCCAAACUUAAUAUAUUUCCAUUUAGCAUUUAAAUUAGCAAAAAUACGAAGAGGAUUGA